AAAAGUCAACAGCAUAUGACAUGUCCAUACAUAUUUUAUCUUUUAUUAAGAAUAAUUUAAAAUGGAAAGCCACCUACCCCAGCAACUUCCUGGUUCCUGAACCCAAAACUCACCACACUCAAUUUAUAUCUUCAUUCCCUUCUUCUCUUACCAUUUUAUUUUAUCAUACAUUGAAGAAAAGGAAAAAGAAAAUCCCAAUCUUAUGGAGGGUCUUCUGCCUCUGGUUUUCAAAGCAAUCAAGAGAAACAAAACUCGAAGUCAAUAUGAGUGUCUCUCAUCAGGAUCUGCUCUCAACUACAACAUCAGCAUGGCUGAGAUGUACCCUCAAACACAGGAUCAAAUCCUUCGGAAUCAGACACCAACCAACAAAGUGUUUCACCGUCAUCAUGAAGAUCUUCACAAAUAUGCUCACCGCCGACAUAACUCUGUUGGACAUUUCGGUAACGGUUUCCAAUCCACCCAGAUGAGAACAGGUGUUGUUUCCACCCCUUCAAACAAACUCGUCAGGUUUAGGAGUCAGAGAAUGUUUUCAUGUAUUACUGGUGUUUGAGGUUGUUUUCUGCACAAUGUUUUCAUGCAUUAAUUCAGACCGUGUUGUGAAUCCAAAUUGUAUUACUUAGAUUUCACUUUGCAAAUUGAUUUCAUAGAAUCGAGGUGGGUGAAAAUCUGAAGUACAAGUUGUGUACAUGGAAAGAGAUUUUCUAUAUAUGUUUUUCUUUGGGUAUCAAGAUUCUUUGGUUCAUCCAUGAAUGAGUCUUUGAAGAUCUUUGCUUUGUCUAGGGGAAUGAAUUGUAAGUUUAAUUUUUUAAAUAUAUGUUUUUGGAGUUUAUGAAAAAAGAAAUAUUACUAUUUGUUUUAUAUGAUAAUUAAAUGAAUGGCAGAUAUCUCUACGCGGAAAAA